AGCCGAAGCCGAAGACGACCCGAACGCGAUCCGAAGGGGUGUCGGCAGGUGCCGGGGAUGCCACCGCCACCGCCGCGAUGCCUUCCGCGUGAGAAAUGCCGGCAAAAGUAAACGUUUGGUAAACGGCCAACAUCCUCCAUACUUUUUGUCUUAUGGGUUCGGGAAAAAUAAUAGACUUUAAUGCAUUUGGACGAGCUCAUUGUGCUGCCAACCUGCUCCCACCCCCCUCCAGACGAAAGUUCAGGGUGGCGGUGAUUCCACUGAUGCAACAAUGCUUAAGGGGGUACUUUGACGAAGGUGCCAGCCGGUUGUGCCAGUGUUUCUCUACGUUUGCUCAUAAACUGACAAACAUCGAUAUGCCGAAGUGCUUUUUAAGGUCUUUCGGUUUCGGAGGACGGUCUCCGAGAAUCUGCAAAGCGGAGGUCGACGCAAAGGACUCAGAGAGCCCGACGUCGCGGCCGCCCCGGCUCCGGGCCCACCACCGGCCGCCCCCGCCGCCCCUGAGGCCCCGGCCCGUGCGCCUCGUGCGCCCGCCCAGGAAGACCCUGGACGAGGACUCGGACGACCCCUGCAGUUACCUGUCCUACCUCAGGCGCCAGCGUCCACGCCUCGGAAACGUGUCCGGGGCCGCCCCCGCUCCUCCCCCUCCGAGCUCGGAUCAGGACUGGCUGUUCAAUCCCAACUUACCCAUCGUCACCAGGUUUCUCAGCGGCAGCCAGCUGCUUACCUAUCCGGCGGAGGAGGCCACUCUCGCCACUGAUCUGUUUGGUCAGCAAGACGAACAUCAGGCAGCUUUGGACGCACUGUCACUGCAGGAGUGCUCGAGCCCGGGCCCUGAAAGCUACCCCCUCCACUCCCCUCCCUGCCUGGGCGCCGCCAUGGCCGCGGUCGCGAGGAGUGACCUGGACCUCGGUGACCAUCACGUCGUGCGCGUUGGAAGGGCCGUGCCGCUGAGCCUGCCUCCGACUCCAGCGGGUAGGAACACCCUCAACCACCCGCAACCGCCUCACGCGCCACUACCGCCUCCACCACCCGUUCUAUCUCGUUCUCCACCAGGGAGCUGCAUCGUGGUGACGGUGGGCGCUCCCCGUGGCCCCCGCGCCUCCUCGGCAGCGCCCCGCCGCUCCCGCAGGAUGUCGGCCACCAAUCGGCGUGAGAGUGCGCUGCUGUCGCAGGCUGUGAGCCAGGCCGUGGAACACGCCCUUCGAGAGCUCAACAACAAGAGCAACAACAACAAUGCCUGGCCAACGGGGGAGCGGUCAUUGUUGCAAAGCUUGGGCGCCUUGCGAGGCGCGGGCAGCCUAGCGGGUAGCGCGGCACGUAGCCGGGCCCUCGGCAGCAGGGGCAUGGAGACGCGCACGAGGACGUCCGCCAGGAUGGAGAGGGCCUUGGCCUCGCAGCAGCAGCAGCAGCCAGCGGAGAGCACCGCCAGGACCGUCGCCUGCAAGGCCAGCGCCAGCGACGAAGAGGAUGACGUAGACGACAGCAUCGCGGCUCCCGGGCUCGACGACCCGACCAGUACCGGGUCCUCGUCGGCCGACGCGGGGUCGACGGCUGGGUCGGGAUCGCCGCGCCAGCUGCACAAGUGCGGCCACUGCGGCAAGGAGUUCGACCGGCCCUGGGUGCUCAAGGGCCACCUGCGGCUGCACACGGGAGAGCGGCCCUUCGAAUGCCCCUUCUGUCAGAAGCGCUUCGCCGACCGGUCCAACCUGCGCGCCCACCAGCGCACCCGCGCGCACCACGACUGGUCCUGGCACUGCCCCAAGUGCUACAAGGCCUUCUCGCAGCAGCGCUACAUGGAGCGCCACGGGCCGGACGCGUGCAGCAAGCACCGCCUCAAGCAGCUGAACCGCGCCAGCCACUCGUCCCUCAUCAGCGAGCUGCUCCAGCAGCAGGACCACGUGAACCGCGUGUAGCGGCGCGUCGUGGGCCCUGCCCCGUCCGGCGUCCCGACCUCGCCGAGGACGACCAGUCCCCUGCUCUGGUCCUUGAAUUGUCAUUGUCUUGUGCCUCUACGCCCCCACGUGUUAACGCGGCGGGCCGUAUUUUACACGUUUUUUUAUGUUAAAGAAAUUUGACCAUGUCUGAUGAAUAGAUAUAAAAGAUUGUUCUAUGUACAUA